ACAGUUCUCGAAAGUCUGCUGAACAUGAAGUUCUUUAUUCUGCUUCUGGGCGUCGGCCUGGUUCUGGCUCGAGAGAGAAGUAACGAAUCCGCGGAGACUGACGCCGACAACAGAACAGAGUCCGGCGAUGAUGUCAACACUGAGACGCAAGUGUGCCGAGGAGAAGGCACGCUGAUCGCUCGCUUGCCUUGCACCGAGGUCUGCAGGAGACCAUUCGAAAUCGGCCGAGCGCUCCUCUUCAACGUGAUCCACGAGGGUGAGCCCUGCAAGACCAGCCGACGAUUGGAAGAAAACGACGGAACCUGUGCUGUGAUCAAGCGUUUCGGGAGAAACUUCGGAAUCUGCCGAGCCGACGAGUAACAAUUCUAAUAAAACGGAGCUUGUUCA